ACCGGCUUCGCAUCGGCUCCCUGUCUGUCGCAUCACCGACUGGGGAGGGGCCCUGAUUCCCACUAUUGGCUGUAGCCUACUGUAUUACCGACAGUAUAACAGUAGGGCCACGGUCGGAGAGGAUGUGCAUGAGCAGUGGUCUUUUCAUAUCCCUGAAGCACAGAGUCUGCUGGGUUUCAGCAUGAUUCUAAGAAGACUAUAGCGGGAUUUUCUCAGUUUUUCCUUCAGCAUACAAUCUCUGAACGCCGCCGAAAAGAGAUGCGCCCAGAUCAACGUGGAUACAUUGUCCGGACCCCGCGAGAGGAGAGGAGCAUGUAACCAGGAGAAACGCACCGGCGCGGCGUCACCACCUGACACUUGUCUCUCUCGCUUGUUUCCUCGGUCUUUGAGCUUUUUCGAUGUGUUUGACUGAACCGUUUUCAUUGUUUUGGAUAUUAUCUUCAGCAAAAUGAGCGAGGAGGUGUCAGACGUCCCCAAAGAGCUUCUAGAGAGUGUGAGGGACACAGUGGGGAGGAAGGUGAAGCUGUCGCUGAGGAAGAGAGUCAAGCUGGAGAUCAAAGGAGACAAGACGGAGAACAGAGUCUUGGCUCUUGCAUCUCACCGAGCCUACCUCUUGACGGCACGCAUUCCCACCAAGGUGGAACACUCUUUUAAUUACCUGGAGAUCCAGGGGAUUGCAUGUAACAAGCCUACACAGCUGCUGAUAGAGUAUGAGCGUGGCUCCUUCUCUCUGAAGCUGAUCUCCACAGAGGAGGUUAAUGAGGUAGUCGCUCACAUAGGAAACUGUCUUCUGAGGAUAUGUCCUGGUCUACCGCCUAGUAAAGUGAUGAAGAGGCUCUGCAUGGAGCCUCCAGACAGGCUGACCGUAGGUGGGUUUUCUCAGAUGUACAGAUGUGUUUGUGACUGGUUGGGGUUAUCUUACAGAGAAGAGGUGCAGUGGGAUGUAGACACCAUCUAUUUGACACAAGACACCAGGGAACUCAACCUCCAGGACUUCAGCCAUCUGGAGAACAGGGAUCUGGUGGCCAUAAUAGCAGUUCUUGAGUUUAACCAGUGGUUCACCAAGCUCUCCACCAAGGACUACAAACUGUCUGCGGAUGUGUGUGAGCAGAUCCUACGGGUGGUGUCUCGAUCCAGUCGACUGGAGGAGUUGGUUUUGGACAACGCAGGACUCAAAACAGAUUUUGCCCAGAAGCUAGCGGCUGCCCUGGCCCACAACCCCAGCUCAGGACUCGCCACCAUUAAUCUUGCAAACAACCCACUGGAGGACAGAGGAAUCUCCUCUCUGGCUGCUCAGUUUGCCAGACUUCAUAUGGGACUUAAGCAUUUAAACUUCUCCAAAACCUCACUGUCACCCAAAGGGGUGAACAGCCUUUGCCAGUCACUGAGUGCCAACCCUUCCAUCCCCAGCAGCCUUGUCCAUCUGGACCUCUCAGGGAAUAUCCUCCGAGGAGACGACAUGCAGCAUUUCUACCACUUCCUCAGUCAACCCAACAGUCUGGCAACCCUUGACCUCUCCAACACUGACUGCUCAUUGGACCAGGUUUGCUCUGCUCUGCUGCGAGGCUCGGUCCAGCACCUCUCUGUUCUCAGUGUAUCAAAGAGUGUCUUCCCUCACAGGAAAGGCAAAGAGGUGACUCCGUCAUUCAAGCAUUUCUUCAGCAGUGCCAUGUCUCUCAGCUCUAUCAGCGUGUCAGGAACAAAGCUGCCACCAGAGGCCCUGAAAGCACUCCUGCUUGGCCUGGCCAGUAACCCCAGUCUGAAGGACGUGUCUCUAGACCUCAGCUGCUGUGAGCUUGGCCAUUGUCUGCGGUCCGGAGGGUCUCAGAUUCUUGAAAGUUGUAUUGCCGAGAUCCCCAACAUCUCCAGCUUAGACAUCUCUGACAAUGGCCUGGAUUCAGAUCUCUCUACUCUGCUGGUUUGGUUAGCCAAAAACCGGUCCAUCAAACAUCUGUCUCUGGGGAAGAACUUCAACAGCAUCAAGUCCAAAAACCUUGCUCCCGUGUUGGACAGCCUGGUUCAUAUGAUUCAGGAGGAGGAGUCGCCCCUCACCUCUCUGUCUCUAGCAGACUCCAGGCUAAAAAGUGAUCUGUCCAUCAUUCUGAACGCCCUCGGCAGCAACUCCUCGCUCACCAGGCUCGACAUCAGCGGGAACGCAAUGGGAGACAUGGGAGCCAAGAUGCUGGCCAAGGCACUACAGAUCAACUCAAAACUACGGACUGUGAUCUGGGAUAAGAACAACACCAGCCCUCAGGGUCUUCAGGAUGUAGCGGCUGCUCUGGAGAAGAACUUCACCAUUCGUUUCAUGCCCAUCCCCAUCAUCGAUGCCUCCCAGGCUCUGAAGGCCAGUCCUGAGAAAACGGAGGAUGCUUUGCUAAAGAUUGAGAGUUAUCUGUACAGGAACCAGGAGACCAGGAAAUACCUGCAGGAACAGGCCUAUCGGCUUCAGCAGGGCAUUGUGACCAUAACCACACAGCAGAUGAUUGACAGGGUUUGUGUGAAGGUGCAGGACCACCUGAACUCUCUGAGGAACUCUGAGACAGAUGCCAUCCUGGAGGACAUCCGGUCCGCAGAGAACCUCAUCAAAGAUGCCAGGAACUCUAAAACACUGCUCCCUAACCUUUACCACCUUGGAUCAGUUUCGAGAGAGGAGGUGAACAGCUCAUCAGUGGGGCCCAUCCAGGAGAAACUGGAGUCUAUGGCUGGGGAGAUGACUACUGUCAUGGACCAACAACUACAGACUCUGUUGGAAUCUAUGGUGGACACAGCUGAGUCUCUGUGUCCCCACGUGAUGAAAAAGAGUAAUCUUCGUCCAGAGCUAAUGAAGGCCAGCUCAGCCAAGAUGGCUGUACCCAAAAGCUUUGUCACUAAAACCCUCUUGGAGCAGUCUGGGGUGGAUAUUAUAAACAAAAUGAGUGAGGUGAAGCUGAGUCUGGCGUCCUUCCUGUCUGAUCGCAUUGUUGAUGAGAUUUUAGAGGCUCUUUCCACUUCACAGCACACACUGGCCGACCAUCUGGUCCUUCGAGGUCGCCCUCUGGUGCAGCAGGAGUCUGUGGAUCUGGACGUCCCAGAGGAGAAGAUUCCUAAACGAGCAUCAACUGAGAUCCUGGAGGAUCUGGAGACAUGCAUGAUGACUCCUAAAUCAAAAAGGAAGAGCAUCCACAGCAGAAUGCUUCGACCGGUGUCUCGUGCAUUUGAGAUGGAGUUUGACCUGGACAAGGCCCUGGAGGAUGUGCCGAUCCAUGUGGAGGACACUUCUGCUUCAUCUCAGACUCCGCCUACUCCGUCUCAGGCCCUGCCCAAACUGGAGCAACGUCCACCAGGAGCGAUGGUGGAGCUGCCAUCUGAGGAGGAAAAAAAGCUGCAGCACUUCACAAAACUACGACCACGGAGGAACAAGAAGACACAUUCCAGCAAAGUUCCUCAAAUCAACAGUGCUCUGUCUCAGGAUGGGGAGCAGAACGGCCUCAUGGGAAGAGUGGAUGAGGGUGUAGAUGAGUUCUUCUCUAAAAAAGUCACCAAGAUGGAUUCCAAGCGUUCCUCAAAGAGCUCAGAAUCUCAGGAUGGAGAGAAGAAGAAGAGUAAAGGAGGAUUCCUCAACCUCAUCAAACGAUCUGCCAAAUCCGAUAAGUCGGACAAGUCAGAAAAAAACCAGGCGACACCUCUGUCCUCCAGUACAGCUCCUGGAGGUUCAGCACCAGCUUCCACUAUCCCAGAGGAGCCCUUGUCACCAAAGGUGGCGGUAAAGAGCCCUACAUCAGAGCCAAAGUCCAGAGACGCCUCCAGCCGCUCACAGCCCACAGACUACAGCAGCUCCUCAGACCGAUCCGAGGAGCUGAGGACACCAGACUCCAUGGACGAACCUUGGGAGGGUUCAGACGGCAGGGGCAGUCCUCAAGGAGGCAGGCGGUACCCAGGAGUGCAGGUGAUGGGCAGCGGCCUCCUAGCAGAGAUGAAAGCCAAGCAGGGGAGGAGAGCACACAAGUCGUCCAGCCCUGACAGACCCGACAACACAACAGCCAAGCCUCAGCCCACAACUCCAGAAAGCCGGUCUCCCUGUGUUUCUAUUUGUAAACCAGACCCUGGUUCUCCAGAGAAGACACCAACAUGUGGUGAGACCAAGCCUGAACCUGCACUUCGUCUCAGAGCUACAUCCUCCUCAAGUUCCCCCAGGGGACCAGUAAGUCCCAAGCCACCAGUGCCACAGGGGACAAAACCUGCCUUGGCAGCCCGACCCAGCAUUCCACAGAAGCCAAGGACCACCAGUAGCAGCAGGAGCAUAGAUGAGAGCCCAGAUUCCCCCACCGGUGGCAGUGUUUCUCCUAAGGUCACAGUUCUCCCUCCCACACUAAAGAAGACACAAUCAGAGAAAGACAAGGAGGGACAGGCUGCUCUGCAGUCAGGAGGCUCUGCCAACAAAAUCACUCAGGAAGUGAGGUCAGCAUCUGACACUGUUCAGAAACCCAGCCCUCUUCGCACCAACUCUGAGGAUCAUGGCCCUUUCAAGACCAAGGACCGAUCUGCAAACCCAGAUAAAGACAAGGCAGCGGGCAAGAAGAAGUCAUCGGAAUCUGGGGAAGAGGCAGACAAAGACUUUAUAUUAAUAUAAGCCUCAUGUGAAAAGCAGCUUGUUUUCAUUUACAUAAGCAGUUGUACCAAUAGGUUUUGACUGACCCAGAAGUAUAAAUCACGUUUGGUAUGCAGGAAGAGCCACCUAUGUAUUACAAAGUAAUACACCAUUUCCGAUUUGAUUAUCAAUAAUGAAACUGAUGACACUGUACUUACCUUCUCAAAAUGUGCUGUCCCCUAGUAAAUCAAACUGCACUACAUGUCCUCAGAGCUUCCUUCUCACAGACAGCCUUUUCUCUUUAUGUGCUUUCAACCUACUGUCUUCCGGCAGGUGAAAAUGUCAGGACUUUAAAAAUAGUUUGUGGGAUGAUCGAGCUAUUUCAGCCAGUGAAUAGUAAGACCUGAAUUUGAAUACAAAAUGUUAAACCACAAAAAGAGACAUGAUGAUGAUGCUUUCAGGAAAUGGCAGACAUUUUAUGUGCCAACACAGUGAGUGCGUACAUCUAAAAUCACAUUUAACUAAUGGUCAAAUGUCUAUUUGUUGCAGUAGCUCAUCUCCCAGGGACCUAACACAUACAGUAAUAACAAUACCACUAUACUGUACUUAGCUCAAACAUACAAAACCAGACAAGGACCCUGUAACAUUUUUUUAUUGUAUACAUUUUUCUAGAGGCUAUUUUUAGGAUGUGCAAAUCACUUUUCUCUGAAGUUCAGAGGUGAUUGAACCCAUUAUGCAAUUUUUUUUUGUUUGUUUGUUUUACAGGACAAUACAGGUUUAGCUGAGAAUCUCAGUACAAGAGUGAACUCAGAAAUACACAUUCAAUGUAGCUUCCUUAACAGUAAAUCUAUGGUUACUCAGAGGGGACUAACAGGACUCUUCACUGAAAGACUGAAGGAUAGCGAUGGACUUUAUCAGCCCGACUGGAGUCACGUUUGGAGUCGGCGUGACCAUAUGAAGUGUGCUUUGAGAGGACUGUGGUACACAACUUCAGGCUUCUGCACUGUUAACUAACGCUUAACACUGUGAAAGAAAUACUCAUGUUUUUAUUUUUUCCUUUAACUGCUGCUUUUUUUUUUUUUUUUUCCUUUUUUACAGAGUUAAUGGGGGACGAUUGUGUGUCUGUCAGAGUGCAAUACAGAGUGCUAUUGUAAACAUUUCUGGCUCUUAUGUUAUUUGGUCAAAGAACUCUUCAGAACAAAUAAACACUGAACUAAACUGAGUUAUGCCAAUGUCUGUCACACAGUUAUACAGACUCUGAAUUGCUCUUAAAGACAGACAGAUCCUCACGUCAUAACACACUAACAUAUUACGAUUGUGAAUGUUCCCCUAAUCUGCUGAUGGUCCAGUGAAAGCAAAGAAUCAAAAAGAGGAAUGACAAAGAAUCUGCUUGACGGCAACAGGGGAGACGCUCAUGUUUCCCAUUUCAGUUGCUGUUCUGAGCUACUGUUUUACCUCUUUCUCUGUGUAAAAGUGGGACACUGAGCAACUCCAGCCUUCCAGACACUAUUCUUAAUCUGUUUUCUAGAGGAUUUUACGUUGGUACUUUCAAAUUCAGCUUACUUUCUGUUCAAUCACCUAUUGCCUUUGCCUUGAGUGAAAGGGAACAGGGGUUAGCUAUUUUGACCAUAUAGACCUCUGGGUAUGCAUUUCCAUUUUCAGGAAUUUAAUGCUUCACAUCAACCACCACCACCA